GUGAUGUUUCUGAAGGUUUUGAGUCCAGAGGAAGGAGAGGAGGGCAUGAGUCUGUAUGAGAGCAUGGCACAAGCGAGACAACUCCACAGACAGAGACGCACCAUGGAUCAGUAAACUGGGCUCUGGAAGUGAUUUUGAAGCGUAUUUCAUCAGAUUAGGGAUUGCGUCUGGAAGGGCGAGAUACACCAAAAACCGGAAAACCGAGCGCUACAGCAGUUACCCGGUUUACCACAGCGUGUACGAGACCUAUGAGAUCGUGGAGCGCUUCUACGACCCGAGUUUCCGGCGGCUGGAGGCGGUGUCCCGUGUUCGAGGUGGACUGAUCUUCAGUUUGGCUGAUUCUCUGAUCUUACCUCUGGACUGUACAGAAUACGCCUCGUCUCUCAGCAAAUACGCUAACAGCAUUCACCAGCUAGCGCUGAAGCAUCCUGCCGCCAUGCAGCAGUUCGGCAUCUCAUUCGGUACACACACUAUCCAUCAUUUAAUAUGCAAGAUUAGUAUGUUCAAAUCAUGCACUCUAGCCGCGUUUCCACCGGAAUUACCCGGAACAAUUUGUCCAAGGAACUUUUUUCCCCCCCGGACCUGUUGCUGUCUGUGUGUCCACCGCGGUCUAGAGUACCGUGAGGAUCAGGCAAAUUAG